CAACGUGUUUGAGCAUUUCUCCUCCACAGCUCUAGGUUCUCCUGCAGCGGGUCUAACUUCUCAGAAACAUGUCAUCAAUCAAGGAGCGAGCUGCUGCCUUGAAUCUAGCAGAGAAACUGUGUGUUCGUCCUCAAGCUCCAAUAGUGGCUGUUAAACCAACCCAGGCGUCGUCCAUGUGGAGCAGCCUCAUCUCCCACUUUAGGUCUAAUGUGACGGUGAAGCGCCGCCUGGUCCACCUCAGGUCCCACAGCGACUGUUUCCUCGGAUCAGAGGCCGUGGAUGUUCUGAUAGAACAUAUUACCAAAGCUGAGGGAUUUGAGGGUGCCAGCAUCACUCGGGAAAAGGUGGCGUGUGUGUGCCAGGCUCUGAUGGACUGUGAUGUGUUUGAGGCCGUGGGAACAAAAGUGCUCAGCAGAAAAAAGAAGCAGGAUGCUUUUGAGGACAGUAGGAAUGCUCUGUACAGGUUUGCAGGCAGCCGUUUACCUUCGGUUGAGGAGUUGGAACGAGGCUCACUCAUGAAUGGAAUCCAAGAGCUGUUCUGCAGGUCGCCUUCAGAUGGGCUUGGAAAACAGGUGGACAUGUCCAUCCCUGCCACAGUUCUGAAGACACCUGAGAAGAUCUGCCACCUCAGGUCUGGUUUCACCACUAAGGGGACGACGGAGUAUCCAGUGGACGGUCCAAGCAAAGAGCAGAAGGACCCAGCUUUACCACAGUCCUUGGUUAAUGAGGUGUGUCAGGAGCAGACCCUGCUCAGGCUCUUACAAAUUGUUGAGCUCCCCCUGCUGGAAGGAGUUCUCCAGUGCUGUCAGAACCCCCCCGCACCCCCUCAAACCAGCAUGGUGGCUCAUGGUAAGCCCGACCUGAUCUCCAGCAAUAACCAGCUGGACAGAUGGAUCCUAAAGGCCUUCAGGGACUCCCAGAGCGAUGAGUGGCUCUCCAGAGCUCUGGACUGUUUGGACUUCCUGCCUGACCAGCUGGUGGCAGAGCUGAGCAGAGAGCUGCCUCCCUGUUUCCGUCCAGAAAAGGAGAGCGAUGAGCAACAACCACAGGAAGGUAGCAGCAUUCAAGAUGGAGGUCCCAGCAGUGAUGAUCAAACUGGUCUCACUCCCAGUCUGGCCCAGUGGAAGCUGCAGCUGUACAGGACUCUGGUCAGACACUACAGCGACACAGCCAGGUCUCCUCUCCUGCCGCAGAACAUGACGGACGUCCACGCGGCCAUCACCGACCUGCUGGUGAAUGCAAAGUUGGAUAAGGCUCUGGAGGCUCUGCAGCUGUGUCUGAAGCUACUUGCCCCUAACAGAAGAGAAGAGCUGCGCAGGUUGUUGACCUUCAUGUCAUCAGCAGCUGAACCGAAGGCGGUGAAUGUGGACAAGGAGAUGGAGAACAGGCUCGCUGUAAAGAAGUCCUUCUGCAAGGCGAUACUUCACAGCAAGACUUUCCCAAAGGAGAAGGAGGAUCUGCUGCUGGUCUUCAUGCUGAGCAACAUAGAGGAAAUAUUUAAGACACCAGGCUCUUUGCUUAAAGUCAUCAGUGAGAAGCUGCACAGCCUCUCUCAGGGCACAAGCUCUGAAGUUACAGUCUGUCCUGCAGGCGCUUCUCUUGGUCUGCAGGCCUCCAUCGGCGUCGACUCUUUAAAGAAGAACACAAACCAGGAAUUAUGGAUACUGCUGAACAACAUUCACCUGGAUAACAAGAUGUCGGCAAAGGAGAGAAGACGUCUCCUCAGACAGUUUUAUUUAUCCCACCCAGAGAUAUAUAACCAGUACUUUGGUGAGACCGCUGCCACAGAGCUGUAGGGUUCUGGUUCUCCGUGAAGAGAUGCUAAAAUAAGACAGAUGCUGCAGAAGGAAGGUUGAGGGGAAAAAGGAGAAGCCCAUCUCAAAGGCUCUGGAUUACCAGAGUAUUGAUUUGUUUUGCACACUUAGGUUCAGAUGUCCAAAGUAUGACCUUUUAAUUUGAUGGAGCUUUAAGAUUUAAACCAACAGCGAUGUUCUGAACCAACCGUGAAACAUUUGUUUUACAUUUGAAUCCAUUAUUGUGAGACGUUACUUUGUUGAACUUC